GUCUAUAUCUCGGAGCCGUUGGGUUGGUUCCUGCUAUUCCGGCGCCUCCACUCCGUCCCCUUCGGGUCUCCUGUGUGUGCAAUGGACGGCAUUGUCCCAGAUAUAGCAGUUGGUACAAAGCGGGGAUCUGAAGAGCUCUUCUCUACCUGCGUCACCAACGGGCCCUUUAUCAUGAGCAGCAACUCUGCCUCUGCAGCCAACGGGAAUGACAGCAAGAAGUUUAAAGGGGAUAGCAGGAGCUCAGGCGCCCCAUCCCGCGUGGUCCAUGUCCGGAAGCUGCCCAGUGACGUCACCGAGGGGGAGGUCAUCUCCCUGGGCCUGCCCUUCGGGAAGGUCACCAACCUGCUGAUGCUGAAGGGCAAGAACCAGGCUUUCAUUGAGAUGAACACAGAGGAGGCAGCCAACACUAUGGUCAAUUACUACACCUCUGUGGCCGCCAUGCUACGUGGUCAGCCCAUCUACAUCCAGUUCUCCAACCACAAGGAGCUCAAGACCGACAGCUCGCCCAACCAGGCACGGGCCCAGGCGGCCCUGCAGGCUGUGAACUCGGUCCAGUCAGGGAGCCAGGCCCUGGCCGCCUCGGCUGCAGCCAUGGAUGCCGGGAUGGCGAUGGCUGGCCAGAGCCCCGUGCUGCGGGUCAUUGUGGAGAACUUGUUCUACCCCGUGACACUGGACGUGCUCCACCAGAUCUUCUCCAAGUUUGGCACGGUUCUGAAAAUCAUCACCUUCACCAAGAAUAACCAGUUCCAGGCGCUCCUGCAGUACGCGGACCCUGUGAGCGCCCAGCAUGCCAAGCUGUCUCUGGACGGGCAGAACAUCUACAACGCCUGCUGCACACUGCGCAUCGACUUCUCCAAGCUCACCAGUCUCAACGUCAAGUACAACAACGACAAGAGCCGAGACUACACACGUCCCGACCUGCCUUCAGGGGACAGCCAGCCGUCCCUGGAUCAGACCAUGGCCGCAGCCUUCGGUGCACCUGGUCUAAUCUCAGCCUCUCCGUAUGCAGGAGCUGGUUUUCCUCCCACCUUUGCCAUUCCUCAAGCCGCAGGCCUCUCUGUUCCCAACGUCCAUGGUGCCCUGGCCCCUCUGGCCAUCCCCUCGGCGGCAGCCGCAGCAGCAGCAGCAGGUCGGAUCACCAUCCCCGGCCUGGCAGGGGCGGGGAACUCGGUUCUCCUGGUCAGCAAUCUUAACCCUGAGAGAGUCACACCCCAAAGCCUCUUUAUUCUCUUCGGUGUGUAUGGGGAUGUGCAGCGGGUGAAGGUUCUGUUUAACAAGAAGGAGAACGCCUUGGUACAGAUGGCGGACGGCAACCAGGCCCAGCUGGCCAUGAGCCACCUCAAUGGGCACAAGCUGCAUGGAAAGCCAGUGCGCAUCACGUUGUCCAAACACCAGAAUGUGCAGCUGCCGCGCGAGGGCCAGGAAGACCAGGGGCUGACUAAAGACUAUGGCAACUCACCUCUGCACCGCUUCAAGAAGCCGGGUUCCAAGAACUUCCAGAAUAUCUUCCCCCCAUCGGCCACCCUACACCUCUCCAACAUCCCGCCCUCAAUAUCUGAAGAUGACCUCAAGAUCCUCUUCUCCAGCAAUGGCGGCAUGGUCAAAGGUUUCAAGUUCUUCCAGAAGGACCGCAAGAUGGCGUUGAUCCAGAUGGGCUCCGUGGAGGAGGCCAUCCAGGCCCUGAUUGAGUUGCACAACCAUGACCUUGGCGAGAACCACCACCUGCGUGUGUCCUUCUCCAAGUCCACCAUCUAGGGCCCACCUGCCCGCCCGCCUGGCCCCGCCACCACUUCCGUCAUUCCAGAGAAAACGCCACUUUAAAAAAAGCAGCUGAAGUGACCUUACCACCAGAGAUUUUAUUUUUUUAAAGAGAAAUCAGUUUACCUGUUUUUAAAAAAAUUAAAUCUAAUCCACUUUCUAACCCUGCGGUGACGGGG